AUGUGGAUCAUCGCCUGGGCCGUUCUCGUCCUUCCGUCGCACGCCGAGCUGCUUCGAGGCCAGUACUUCCUCGUACUGAGCUACUAUUCGAAGUCGACGCCCCGAGAGUACAGCGUUGACUGGCCCCGACGGGUGGAGAUCCGGGAUGGGCGGGUGCGUCGCUCGGUGGAGCCGGUGGAGCCGGUGGAGCUGGUGGAGCCGGUGGAGCUGGUGGAGCCGGUGGAGCAGGUGGAGUAUUCGCUGAUGCUGAACGGAUCCAGGGAGGUCUUGGAGCUCUGGCCGAAUCCGGACCUCGACUCGGACCGGAUCGCGGUGGAACGCGUCGGCAAGGACGGGGGAGCGCGGAGGACGACGACACGGAAGCGUGCGACACGGAAGUGUCACUACCUGGGACGAGUGCGGGGCAUCCCCGGCUCAGCGGCCGCCACAGGAUGGGUCUGGCGAGGUGACGUGAUGGUGUUCGUGGAGCCGGCGGAGGAGGGAGGCGGUAGACAUCUCGUGUAUUCUGAGGAUGCUGGUGGUUUUGGGUUCGGAGGGCAGAUGUCGCUUGAGGGCAAAUUGCGGCUGGAUGCGUUUUCGGACCAGAUCGUCCAGUACACACGACAUUCCACCAAGCAGACACAAGCAGAGAAGGAAUUUUUACUUCCACCAGGACCCAGCAUAACCAGUUAUCCCGCUCGAUGUCGACCCUUCCCAUCCCUCAGAGUGCAUAUAAAAAUCGAAGACGCCCCAGAAAUCAGCCGGUCGAAGAAGCCCAUCGGUCCCCGGCACGGACCGUCCCGCAUCCCGCGGAUAUCACCUCCCGCCGUCCCGCGGGACCUACACGGACAGCGCCUAUACUCCCACCUAGCAGACGACAUCCCUUCCCGCAGACGCAUGCGACGCCGGAGCCGGCGUCGACGGGACGUGAGCCGCGAAUACAAUGUGGAGGCGCUGGUCGUCGCCGACCACCAGAUGGUUCAGUUCUACGCCGAGGAGGACCUGGAGAGCUACAUCCUCACCAUCAUGAACAUGGUGUCCGGGUUGUACCGCGACGCGUCGAUCGGGAAUGCCAUCAACAUCGUCCCCGUCCGGAUCGUCUUCCUCGAGGCUGAACUCCCGGACCUCCAGGUGAGCCACCACGCCGGGGACACCCUGAAGAACUUCUGCGCCUGGCAGGAGGACGCGAACUUGGGGACCGACUCGGACCCCCACCACCACGACGUCGCGCUUCUCAUCACGAGGUACAACAUCUGCACCCGGAUGAACGAGCCGUGCAGCACCCUCGGGCUGGCGGAGGUGGCCGGGAUGUGCCAGCCGAGCCGGAGCUGCAGCAUCAACGAGGACACGGGGCUGGGGCUCGCCUACACCAUCGCGCAUGAGCUGGGCCACAACUUCGGCGCAGUCCACGACGACAGCGAAAACGGCUGCGGGAUGAACCCCGGCGUCCGCCAACACAUCAUGUCGCCCCACCUGAUGGCCAGCAACGCGCCGGUCAUCUGGUCGCCCUGCUCCCGAUCCGCCAUCACGACCUUCCUCGAGAGGGAAUGGGGAUCGUGCCUGUUGGACGAGCCGACGACGACGACGGAGCGAGAAAGGGAAUUGCCCCCCGGGGCCAUGUACGACCUGGACCAGCAGUGCCUGCUGCAGUACGGCCCGGAUUCCACACACUGCCACAUCUUUCCCCAGAACGUGUGUCAGGUCCUGUGGUGUCAGCUGGGCGAGGUGUGCGUGUCUCGCAUGGAGGCGGCGGCCGAUGGCACCUUCUGCGGGGAUUACAAGGUGCUGAUUGCCUUUACAAAAAAAUCGACAUUACAA